UUUCUGGGUUUAUCUUACGUUGUCUCAAUAAAACAAAUCUAAAGAAAAUCCAAGAGCGAGCCAAAGUCUGUUUGGAUUUUGGAAGAGAAGAUGUCAGGGAAAGGAGCGAAGGGAUUGUUGACAAGCAAAACCCCAGCUCAAUCUAAAGAUAAAGACAAGAAAAAACCCACCUCUCGUUCCUCUCGUGCUGGUCUUCAGUUUCCUGUUGGCCGUAUCCACCGCCUUCUGAAAACAAGAGCAACCGCCCAUGGAAGAGUGGGUGCAACGGCAGCUGUUUACUCUGCUGCUAUCUUGGAGUACCUGACUGCUGAAGUGUUAGAGCUGGCAGGAAAUGCAAGCAAGGAUCUGAAGGUGAAACGUAUAACACCAAGGCAUCUGCAGCUAGCAAUCCGGGGUGACGAGGAGCUAGACACCCUUAUAAAAGGAACCAUAGCUGGUGGUGGUGUGAUCCCUCACAUCCACAAGUCGCUUAUCAACAAAUCCUCCAAGGAAUAAUGCUUUUGCUGUCCAUCGUUUUAUUAACUGAAUCUAUGGGAUGGAUUGCUGUGUUGUGUACAUUGGCAGAGAUAGUUUAUUGGGUGAUAAUUUGCCCAUUUUCUUUUCGAUGAUAGCUGGUUUUCUUGUCGUUCUGGUAGGAACUGAACAACGUAUGGUUUCAUUUGUGGCAGUUUGCAAAUUGUGAGACAACCCUGUAGGUUGAACAGAAAGUUGCUAGAAUCCGUUACUGUUCAUUUCA